AUGAAGUUCUUCCAGUACUUUACCGCGGCUCUGCUACCAGUGACUGCGUUCGCCAUCCCCGCCGCGGAGCCCGAUCCCAAGGCAGCUGCGGUCCCAGCAACCAUCACCGCGGACGACUUCCACGUCCUCAUCAAGCGACAGACAGACCUCGGCGGUCUUAUUGGAGACUUGACCGAAUCGUUGGGCGCCAUCAAGGACCUCCUGUCCACCGACAGCUUGAACAAUAUCAACACGGUCGUGACCAAGCUCGCAGAACUGCUUUCGGACCCUACCACCGCUCAGAUUAAGAGCUUGGUUGGUACCGCAGCGGAUCUCCUUGGUGGCGAUGCUGUUGGGAACCUCAUCGACCAAAUCCCUGCUCUUCUCGAGAGCGUCGGCGGCCUCCUGAACGAGGAGACUCUCAACAAAAUCACCACGCUGCUGAACAACGCUUCGCUGCUCUUGACUGAGGAGUUUGCCAACAAUGUCAGGGACCUCGUCAAUGAUAUCGCUCCUCUCGUCUCCGCCGUCGCUCAGGUCAUUUCAGCACUCCUGGGCGCUUUACUGGGGUAG